UCUUUUUAUCGCACCGGCUGAAUGAUGGCAGAGACGGAGAUCGACGGCGAUCAGGGGCUCCGCAGCUCGUUCACCACCUACAUGGCGGAGGGGGAGCAGCUGUGCCAGAAGGGGGAGUACAAGAAGGCGGUGGAAAGCUUCGGCAAUGCUCUGAUUCUUCAGCCCUCGGAGAAGCACUGCUUGGUCGCUCGCUCAAAGUGCUUCUUAAAGCUUGGAGACCCGGAAUCUGCCCUACGAGACGCAGAAGCCUCUCUACAGGAGGAGAGCGAGUUCUUCAGGGGACUUUACCAGAAAGCCGAGGCUCUGUAUGCCAUGGGAGACUUUGAAUUUGCCCUUGUCUAUUACCACAGAGGGUUCAAACUACGACCCGAACUCCAAGAGUUUCGCUUAGGCAUUCAAAAAGCACAAGAAGCGAUCGAGAAUUCUGUGGGAACUCCUUCCUCCGUCAAACUAGAGAAUAAAUCCGAUAUCUGUUUUCUGAGCAAACAAGAAGAGAGCAAGAGAGCGAAACAGAAGGUGACAAUUAAAGCCCCCAAGAAGGACACAAAGCAACAGAAGAAGGUGGACCCAUUAAGAAGCCAAAAGACUGCGCGGCACCUCCUUGGAGAACUCUACAGUGAUAAGGAAUAUCUGGAGUCUCUUCUGAAGGAUGAAGAUCUUGUGAAAGAAAACACCAGAAGUGGCAUAAAGCUACAGGACUUGAUCAUGCAUGGCAUCACGUAUUUAGACACCCGCACAGAGUUCUGGAGACAGCAAAAGCCCAUCUAUGCCCGUGAAAGAGAUCGCAAGAUCAUGCAGCAGAAAUGGAACCGGGAUAAGAAGCCGACUGACCCCAGCAGAUACAUUCUAAAAAGUUUGGAGGAGAUUGACCAGCUCUCACUUAAAGGUAACGCAGAGGAGAGCUGUAAGAAGGCCCAGCGAGUGCUGAAGACCCUUCAGAGCUGGCCAGGAGAGGACAUCCCCAACAGACAGGAGCUGAUUGGGAACCUUUACAGCUGCAUUGGCAACGCGCAGAUGGACGCGGGACGGAUGGAGACGGCGCUCCAGAGCCACCAGAAAGAUCUGGAGAUUGCAAAGGAAUGCGACCUCCCUGAAGCAAAAUCCCGGGCCCUGGAUAACAUCGGGAGAGUUUAUGCACGGAUUGGGAAAUUUAAUGAUGCAAUCAAAGUGUGGGAAGAGAAGAUCCCUUUGGCAAAAUCGAGUCUGGAGAAGACCUGGCUGUUCCAUGAAAUCGGGAGAUGCUAUUUGGAGCUGGAAGUAGCAGCCGAGGCUAAAGAAUAUGGAGAAAAGUCACUCCUGGCAGCAGAGGAAGCCGAGGACGUUGAGUGGCAGCUUAAUGCUAGUGUUUUAGUGGCACAAGCCCAAGUGAAGCUAAAGGAUUACCAGUCGUCCGUCUCCAGCUUUGAGAAAGCACUUGAGAGAGCAAAACGGCUUCACAACGAGGAUGCAGAAGUCGCCAUCUUGAAUGCUUUGGAAGAUGCAAACAGAAAACUUCUGGAGCAGCUGAAAAUAGAUCACGAUGACAAUGAGAAGGAAGAUCGUACACCUGAAGAUAACCCAGGAGGCGGUGAGGAGACAAAUGAGGAAAGCAGCUCGAGAGGCGCUGCCUGAAGCCAAAUGUAGACCUGUUACAGAAAAGAUUGCUGGAUCCAGAGGCUGGGGUUAUCGGACUAAAUAAAAUGUGUAAAUAAAUCAU